GGCUUCAGCGUGUCGGCGUGCGUGUGUGCGUGUAUGUGCUAUGGAUGUAUUUAGUAGUAUCUAAUUCGCAUGGUGGUGGACAUGCAUCCAACCACGGCGCCAGAUCGACGAUCGUCCGAAGCCGAACCUAGCGCUCUUCUUGCUGCUGUCAGCCUGUGCGCCGCCGCCGCCGCUGCUGCUUUGGGCCUCCUCAGCAGCAGCCCGCCGUCGCCUGGUCGGCGUCGUCGUGGUGCCUACGCCGGGCUCAGACUAGCCCCAGGUCCUCGUCACGCCUGUUGCACCAUGCCUUCUGACCAUUUUCGACGCAGCGCCCGCUUCACUUUGCAUACAUCCGCCCAUACAUCUCACACACACACACACACACACAGCAAUGCCCGCUGCACGCGACGGGCGAGCACCAUGUAGGUAGUGUGUAUGUCGUAUCUGCGCACAUGGACGAACGUGUCAUCUCGACGAGAUCCAGGCCCGGCUUGGGGGUUGCCCUGCUCGGCCCUUCGCAGUCGUGGUCGUGGUCGUGGUCUGGUCGUGACUUCCCGCGCUAGGCCCUGCCGCCUGCCCAAUCAGCCGCGGC